CGCAUUUGCAGGCCCAGGAGCGAUCAGACUGUCGGAGCGCCUUCGGUGGGAGCAGAACCGGACGCGACGGCACAGCCCGGACGGCCUGUGUUGGGGAGCUCGAAACACUAGGCUGAGCGCUGCCUGGCACGAAAGCGACGCAGACGGGCUGGCGUCCGUUAUAGUCAGCCUUCCUAUGGCUGCAACCGUUGAGACCAGGGUGGAGUCUGGGCCCCUGGCUGGAGUGAGGAGGGCAUCCUUUGGUCAGUGCGGGAUGGACUUUGCAACGGCCACAAUGAGCAGCGCAGCCUUCCGCAGGCUGUCCAACGCCGCAGAUAAGGAGACGCGCGCCAGGCUCUCAGCGCAGUUUGAGAUCUGCCCCAUCACGGCGCUGCCAGUGAAGCGGCUGUCCCAGGAGCUGGCAGCCGUGCUGAAAAAGAGGGAUAGCUGGUCGGCCUCCGUUAGCCCCCUGCCCCCCACCAUGCAGCGGCAGAUCCUCCCGACGGUGGAUCGCAGCCUGGGAGACUCUGCCUCCUGCUCCCCAAAGUGCGAGGCCGCGGCCAGCCCCGUCAGCACACCCACAUCCGCCCUCAAGGAGGCUGGCACGCUGGAUGCAUUCCAGCAGCAGAGCCGGCACCAGCCCUGGUACAGCCUGCUGAGCUGCCGGCUGCUGUCGUUCAUCGGCGGCGGGGGGCCGAAUGCGCACGGCGGAGAGGAGUACACAAGCGGCGGCGCCAGGGCAGUGGUGUCCAGCCACCGCCUCAGCUUUGACCACCGGCUGAGCCACGAUCACCGCCUCAGCCAGGAGCGGCGCGCAUCGGAAUCCUCCAUGCGCUCGCUGUCGAUGGACAGUGGCGGCUCGGAAUUCUGCUUUUCCCGGGAGAGCAUCGGCGGCCCACGCAUCGCGGCCGGCCGCCGGAGAGCGCACGAGUUCAGCCGCGAGGAUGCGUAUGCGCGCGACACCUCCUUCUACGCUCAGAUGGCCUGCGAAGUUGCCCCCGCCACCCGCCUCUCGGGCAUCUCCAUCACACGCGGUGCCUCAGGGGACGUGGACGAGGCAGAGGAGGAGGCAAUGGACAAGGCGGUUUUUAGGAGGAGGCGCGAUGCGUACGCCGAGGCCUGGCGCCGCAGCGCCAGCAAGGACACCUCCAUGGAGGGCCCCGCGCGUGCAGCCGCCGCCGCAGCCGUCGCGCUGCCGUUCCCGGCUGCAGCCGGCCGGCCGGCCAUGCCGCGCAUCGAGUCCACCGACUUUGCCAACGAUGAGCUCAUGCGCCGCAACGAGAUCUUCUGCGGCCGCCUCUUGAGCUGA